UUCCUGCAGUUCCGCAUCAGACCACUGUUGUGCGUGCGAGGGAUCGAUAGACAACUAAACUCAAAACACCAGAAGAAGACUGAGCAGCGACCACUUAAGGGCGCCAAACUCUAAAAUAUGUAAUUUUUUAUAUUUCAUAUCUCUACUCGAUGCUGACAACGCAGAAACAUGCCUCUGUCAACUCAGUCCCAAGCGGACAUUGACCAGUACAUUCUGAUAGCCAGUUUGGAUAACGCGAGGAAUCUGUCCAACAUCCUUAAAGCCAUCUCUUUCAAGGACCAUGCCAUCUUCAAUGCAACGCAGAAUGGGUUAAAAGUCACUGUAGAGGAUUCAAAAUGCCUUCAAGCCAAUGCGUUCAUUCAGGCUGACAUCUUUCAAGAAUACACUAUCAAAGAGGAUGCAGUUGGGUUUCAGGUUAACCUAACUGUUCUUCUGGAUUGCCUAACCAUCUUUGGGGGGAGCACAGUCCCAGGUGUGUGCACUGCACUGAGAAUGUGCUACAAUGGCUAUGGAUAUCCACUGACUUUGUUCCUGGAGGAAGGUGGUGUGGUCACUGUAUGCAAGAUCAAUACACAGGAGCCUGAGGAGCCCAUAGACUUUGACUUUUGCAGCACAAAUGUAACCAACAAGGUGAUUCUGCAGUCAGACAGUCUUAAAGAGGCUUUCUCUGAGCUUGACAUGACCAGUGAAGUUUUGCAGAUCACUAUGUCACCAAGCCAUCCGUACUUCAGAUUAUCCACAUUCGGGAAUUCUGGAAACGCCCAUUAUGACUAUCCCAAAGACUCAGACAUGAUGGAGCUGUUCCAGUGUACUAAAUUACAGACCAACAGGUAUAAGAUGUCCCUGUUGAAACCUUCUACAAAGGCCUUGGCUCUGUCCUGUAAAGUCUCCGUGAGAACGGACAGUCGAGGCUUUCUCUCUCUACAGUAUCUUGUGAGGAAUGAUGACGGUCAGAUUUGUUUUGUGGAAUACUAUUGCUGCCCAGAUGAAGAAGUGGGUGAAGAGUAAUUGGAAAUGCUUCAUUUAUCUUAUUAUCUCCAUCUUCAUAACUGUUUAGUUUUAUUUGAUAUUUAGUGUGCACCUGAUAGUUCCUUAAUCUGAUUCCGAUUUUAAUUUAAAUUAACGUUCUAUACUUAAAUAGAAGCUUAAUGUAGUUAGAAAUAAAAAUAAACUUUUUGGAUUUUGCAUUGAAUUUGAGACAAUACUAUGUGUGAUCGGCAGGGGGCGGCAGAGAAAUGCUAAUUGGGCUACUGUAUAAAAUAUUAGAAGUCUGAUGUUGGACCUAAGGUUUAAAUAUAUAAUUUAAAGAUAGACAUGUUUUGGAUUUUCCUUUUAAAUUGUAUAUUCAAUGAAACCGUAUAAGUAUAUAUAUAUAUGUGUGUGUUUGUAUCCCAAAGACUGGUAAUGUUCCUAAACAUAUUAACAUACCGUAGUAUGCAACGGUCGGUUUAUAAGUCCCCUCAUAAUGUUUACUGUUCUCUAAAUUACAAUUAAUAAGACAGUCGAACAGUUAAAGCUGUUGUCUGAAACAUCUACAUUUUUAAUGGCUGUUCAUUUUAUUACACGAAUGCGUUGCGAGGCAAACAUGUAGCUGUGCAAAGCAGCUUGAUGUUGAUGCUGGCUGACGCACGCACUCCUAAAAGAAAGUCCCAGAACAGCGCGCGAUGCUUGAACUGCCGCCUCGCGACCAAUCGCUUCUCCAUUCGCAGCUGUCGAGGCAACACUGUUUCCGGGCAGAGGAACAUUACAGGAGCAAAACAAGCGCACUUCUGUCACUCUCUCAUCUCAGCGGGUUACUGCCCUCAGUGAUGGAUGUCAGUGCCGCGUUCAAGCUGCUUAUAGUCGCUGCAGAAAAGCCCACUAAAAACAACCAAAGUUGCUAUUAAAUAGUGUUAAAUACAUUUUACACAAAUUAGAGUUUUUGUCUAAUUUAAUGAAUAGCAUUCUAGAUUUGUUUAAAACGUCACGAUAUCAGUAUAGAAAAAUGUGGUUAAAACGCUCAUGUUAAUGUUAUUGAAUAUUACAGAAGCAACUUAGUUUGUGUGUGGGGAAAAAAUGAUUAAAAAAAUAAAUAUAAAGGCAGCAGAACCAUAGUAAUAGUGUGUAUAUAUGGCAAAUUUGUCACAGCAAGAUAUUUAAAGAGAUAUUUUUACAGUUUUUCAGAGUUGGGCCAAUGUUUGACAUUUUUCUGUUAAUAAUGUCUGAAUGUCUGGUCUGUAUUAUUCUGCUUGUAGUCAAUAAACUACAUCUUGGAGAUGCACUACACCAACAACAAAA